AUGUUCGCGCGCAGCCUUCCACGCCUUGCGGCGCGCAGCUCGCAGACGAUCCUGUCCGCGACGUCUCGACCAACAACUACAACAACUAGGAUUGCCCCACUCGUACUCGCCACACGGACACCGCUGCGUCUCGCGAGCACGCACUCAGCGGGACACGACGACCACCACGGAGCAGCGGCAACAGGAGGAGACCACGGCGCCCACCACGGCGGAGGCCACGACGACCACUUUGAUCCUCCUGCUGGAUGGCUCUGGGGUGAGCGGCCGGGUGAAAAGUACGAAAAGGAAGGUUGGGAAGGACUCGCGUGGGUGUUUGUCGGGUGUUGGGUCGUUGCCAUUGCGGCGUAUACGAUGAAAGAAGAUACUUCGUAA